AUGAAACGACACUUUAGCUUGAUCUUUGGCAAGAAAGCCCCACCCUCGUCCAUAGCCUCGCCGACGGACGAGCCACUCGACAGUACUUCGCCAGAUCUCAAGCAACGACAUUCCUUUCACGGCUCACCGCCACGCUUGCCAGCCUCAGAUCAGCUUAGUCCCUUCAAAGUAGGUUUCGAGCCUUCGACCUCUGUGCAGCGAGGGCAGCUCUCUGGAUCCGAAGAUAGCAGCAACAAUGCGGAAGCGCAGGCUAAAGGCGCUAAGGAGGCCACCUCUGACGUCGCUUCGAGGAUGAAGCAGGACACCUUAAGGCCAGAUAUGGGACGCAGGGUGCGAAGCGCUUCAGUCGGACAGCAAAAUACAUCGGAGCGUGGCCGACCUCAGAUGCCACCUCAAGAAGUCCAGGCCUUCAACGCGGAGAUCUUGAAGAAGGCCGCUGCCCGGAAGCCUGACUGGCGUUCCCCGCGGAAGAUCAGACAGGAGGCAGCCAGAGCUAGAGCCGAACAAAGCAGUCAGACACAGCCUCUGCUACGAGCUAAUAAUGGGACUGUACGCCCUGGACGAGGCCCCGCUGCUGCUGGACCUGGAGCUGGCAUACAUGCUUCGGGCAGACAAUUCUCGGCCAUGAGUCUGGCAGAUCGCCUCGGUUUGGCUAAGGAGUCUGAGAAGGAAGAUGGGCCUGCUUAG